UAUCUUCACUGGCUUGUGGUUCCGUGUUUUAAAGGGAUAAAAAUCUUGGUGCGAGUACAACUUUAAUUUUCAUUUUUUAUUUUAAUAUUUAUCCAAAAUUUAUUGUCACUAUAUUAAACAACAAUUAAUUAUUAAUUUAUAAAAAAUUUUCGAUCUUUUUUUAAGACAGAGCUUUUAUUGCUUUUUUUUCUUUAAAUUGUUUUGGAUUAUAAAAUUGUAUAGUUACUGUUGUUUUAUUUGAAAAAAUAAAUUAAACAAAAUAAUCAAUAUUUUUGAUUUGUAUUAAUUCUCUGUGGGGAUUUUUUUUUAUUAUUUUUAUUUUGAUUUUACGAGCAAGACACUUGGGGGUGGUUUUUAUCUUUUUUUGAUCUUUUUUGUUUUUUCAUAGGUGGUAGAUGAAAAAAAAAAAAAGUGAAAUAAUCAAGUGAUGGUGAAUUGAUGAAAAAAAUUAAAUUUGUGAAAAAAUAAAAUUUUUGUUUUUUAAAUUUUUCUUUGAGGUGGAAAAUUGGGGAAAAUAUGGCGACAUUUAUCCAUAGAUAUUCAGUGUGUGUGUCGAUGGUGAGCGUCGUUGUUGGUAAUUCUCAUGAAUCGUGACUUUCAAAUGACCACUAAAAAAAUUAAAAUAUAUAUUAUUAAAAAUAAUAAUUAAAAAUUAACUCUGAUAUUUAAAUAACACCAAGUAUUUCAAAGCUAAUAAUUACGGAAUUAUUGAUUAAAACGAAAUAUAAUUUUAAAAAUUUAUCAAUACCUGUUUAAUUGUUUAAUAAAUUAUAUUGAUAAUUAUAAAAUAAACAUAAAUAAUAAAUAAAAUAUGAAUUAUUUAUGGAAAUACAAUAGAAUAUGAAAAAGAGGACGAGGCCUCGGCCUCAACGGCCAAACCGGCAUCGUCCAAUUGAUGAUUUUAAAAACGUGGAAAACACGCGCAGCACAACGAAGGUGAAUAAUAUAUUUCACCUCAGUGCAUUACAAUUUUACUUGUAUAAAAAAAAAUAAAUAAAAAUAAAAAAAAAAACAUUAAUAGGAAAAAUGAAAAUGAAGAUUAAAAUGAAAAUGAAAAAAUUCAAAUAUUCUUGUGAUGGUUUUUUAAUAAUCACUGAGUAAAACGAAAAAUAAAUUAAAAAAAUUAUUAAGCUUUUUUUUAUUGUUUAUUGUUAUUGCCGUUAUUAUUAUUUAAUUGAAAAAAAAAAAAAUUAUAAAUAAAAAGAGGAUAAAAGUUGUUUGAAAUUACGGCUGGAUAAGGGAUAAAAAAAUAAAUAAAAUGCAGGGAAAAGAUGGACCAAUUGGGUCUAAUGCCCAAGAGACACAUCAAUAUGUUGGACCUUAUCGUCUUGAAAAAACUCUUGGAAAGGGUCAAACUGGUUUGGUAAAGCUUGGUGUUCAUUGUGUACUUGGUAAAAAAGUGGCAAUUAAAAUAAUAAACCGUGAAAAAUUAUCAGAAUCUGUGUUGAUGAAGGUGGAACGUGAAAUAGCCAUAAUGAAGCUCAUUGAUCAUCCACACGUGCUUGGUUUAUCAGACGUUUAUGAGAAUAAAAAAUAUUUAUAUCUCGUAUUGGAGCAUGUAUCAGGUGGUGAAUUAUUUGAUUAUCUUGUUAAAAAAGCACGCUUAACACCAAAAGAAGCUAGGCGAUUUUUUCGUCAAAUAAUAUCAGCAUUAGAUUUUUGUCAUAGUCACAAUAUAUGCCAUCGUGAUUUAAAGCCAGAAAAUUUAUUACUCGAUGAAAAAAAUAAUAUUAAAAUAGCUGAUUUUGGAAUGGCAUCAUUACAACCAGCUGGUUCAAUGCUAGAAACAAGUUGUGGUUCACCACAUUAUGCAUGUCCAGAAGUAAUACGUGGUGAAAAAUAUGAUGGUAGAAAAGCAGAUGUAUGGUCAUGUGGUGUUAUAUUAUAUGCAUUAUUAGUUGGUGCAUUGCCAUUUGAUGAUGAUAAUUUACGUCAAUUAUUGGAAAAAGUUAAACGUGGUGUAUUUCAUAUACCACAUUUUGUACCACCAGAUUGUCAAAAUUUACUACGUGGAAUGAUUGAAGUUAAUCCAGAUAAACGUUUAACACUUGCUGAUAUUAAUAAACACAUAUGGGUUACUGCUGCUGGUAAAGGUGAACUUGAAUUAGAAUUAUCAAUGAUGGAAGUUGUACAAACACAUGUUAUACCAUCAAUUGAUGCUAUUGAUCCUGAUGUAUUACAAGCAAUAGCAAGUCUUGGUUGUUUUAAAGAACGUGAAAAAUUAAUACAAGAAUUAUUAAGUCCAAAUCAUAAUACAGAAAAAGUUAUUUACUUUUUAUUACUUGAACGUAAACGUAGAAGACCAGCAUGUGAAGAUGAAAUGGAAGCAAUGAGAAGUGGUCUAAGAAAUACAUCUGUACAAUCAGAAUCAGAUCCACCAAAAAAACGUGUUGAUACAUGUCGUGUUAAUGGUAGUGCAGCAUUAAAUCUUGGACAAAUUAGUCAUGGUUCACCAUUAACACCAAGAAGACAAACAAGUGCAAGACAUCAUGCAAGACGUUCACCAUCAACUGGAUCACAUACACACUCAUCAUCACAUUCACACUCAUCAACACCAGUUGGUUCACCACUUCAUAGUCCAAAUAUUGCUGGUUUAUUAAGUCCACAUAGAGCAUCACCAAGUUCACAUCAUGGACAAUCAUCACACAGUCCACAUAGGCUAUCAAUUGGUAGUACAAGUAGUGCAAAUGGACAAUCAACUAAUUCAACAAUAAUAAAUUCAUCAACUACAACAACAACUACAACAACAACCACAACACCAACAACACCAACAACAACUGUACAACCACUUAGUAGUGUAUCAAUUGAACUCAAUGAAAAUCAAUCAAUUGGUCUAACACCACCUGGAUCACCUCAUACUGGUGCUGGUUCUGGUGCACAUCAUUGGAGAUCACGUUUAACAACAAUUAAAAAUUCAUUUCUUGGCUCACCAAGAUUUCAUAGACGUAAAUUACUUACAAGUACUGAAGAGGUACAUUUAACACCAGAUUCAUCACCAGAAUUAACAAAAAGAUCAUGGUUUGGUAGUUUAAUGGCUACUGAAAAAGAUGAAACAUUUACAAUACUCGUCAAGGGUAAACCAUUAGCAAGUGUUAAAGCUGAUUUAAUACAUGCAUUUUUAUCGAUUGCUGAAUUAUCACACAGUGUUAGUUCACCAAUGUCAUUUAAAGUUGAAUGGAAACGUGGUAAUACUGGUCCAGCAAUGUUUCAACGACAAGUACGUUUUCAAGUUGACAUUAGUGCAAUAUCGAAACAACCAAAUGAGCCGUUAUUUGCUAUAACAUUUACACUAUUAAGUGGUAAUAUUAGAAGAUUCAGAAGAGUUUGUGAACAUAUACAAGUACAAGUUUGUUCGAGAAAUGUUGGUAUAUCAUUUGGUGGACAAAGUCGUGCAGCACCACCAAGUCCAAGAGCAUCAAGAAAAUUUACCACAGAUAUGAGUGAAAGUUCCAGUUGUGGAAGUGAUACAAGUGAACGUUUAUUUUUAAAUCCACAUCCAGCUACCAGACAGAUUGACUCGGACCUGGAUUCUGAUAAUUCAGCAUUUGAUGUUAAAUCGCCAACACAUGAAAAUGGACGUCGUAGUUCAACAUCUGGUAAUAACAACAAUCAAUUGACUCGUGAUGAUUCAACAACAUCAGGUAGUCCAUCAAAAGCAGUACGUAGUAAUUCUGAAAGUCAAAAUACACCAGAAAAAAAAUGUGUUACAACAAUGAGUGGUAAUAAUAUAGCGUGAUACUAUAAGAAUUUCCAAAUGGAAUUAUUUACAAAUGUUGGAAAUUUAUGGAAUGGUAAACGUCGAUUUUGGUGAUUACCCUUUUUUCAUUGUUAAAGUGUUGAUUAGCAGGGGAAGAAAAAAAAAAAAACUAUUAAACUAUUUAAUUUAUUUUUAUUUAAAAUUAAAUGAAUAAUUAUUGUUUAUUAAAUUGUGGUUUUAGUUGAUAAAGUGUGUUGUCGAAUUUGUCGAAUAUGGGCAUAUAUAUAAUUCGUAAUUAUAUAAAUAUAUAUUUCGGGACAAUUAUGUGCAAUCAACAUAAACUUGCUGUGUGUAAAAAUAAAAAAAAAAACUAUUAUUAAAUAUUAUUAUAUAUAUAUGAUAAUUAAUUAAUUAAUCAAAUAUUUAACGAGAUGAUUAUAUAUAUAUUUUCUCAACAAACAUAUCCAGUGGCUGAUUAAUCGUAAAAAAUAUAUUUCAUAUAUUAAACAAAUAAUAAUAAUACGUUAAUGUAAACAAUAACAAAAAAGAAAAAAAAAAAAAACAUACGCCCAUGAUGACUAGUAAUAUAUUUAGAUCAACACCAAAUAAUUAUUUGAAUUUAAAAUAAUAAUAAUAAUAAAUUAAGAUUAUUGUUUAUUUGUUUUUCACAUUGAAUAUUAAAUUAUGGAAAAAUUAAAAAGUUCAUUGAAAUAACGUGUCGAUUUGAAUAUAUUUAUUGAAAAUUUACAAUUUAAAUAUUUAUUAAAUAUCAAUUUAUAAAAUUAAUCAACUAAAUUAUUAUUAUUAUUAUUAUUCUUUUUGUUUUAAUUAUUAAUUUUUUUGCAUUGAAAAUUAUAAUGCUUGUUGCAAAAAGGAAAAAAA